CGGUGGCGGCGGCGGGGCCGGGGCGGCCGCGGUCCCCCCCGGCUCCCGGAACUCUCCCGGCGCCGGCCAUGGUGCGGAUCGUGACCGUGCAGACCAAGCCCUACGGCGACCAGAAGCCGGGCACCAGCGGGCUGCGCAAGCGGGUGACGGUGUUCCAGAAAAAUGCCAACUACACCGAGAACUUCAUCCAGAGCAUUCUGGCCACCGUGCCGCCCGCCGAGCGCCAGGAAGCCACGCUCGUGGUGGGGGGAGACGGCCGCUUCUACAUGAGAGACGCCAUCCAGCUGAUCGUCCGCAUCGCCGCCGCUAACGGGAUCGGGCGCUUGGUGAUUGGGCAGAACGGGAUCCUGUCCACGCCCGCCGUGUCCUGCAUCAUCCGCAAGAUCAAAGCCAUCGGCGGCAUCAUCCUCACCGCCAGCCACAACCCGGGCGGGCCCAACGGGGACUUCGGCAUCAAGUUCAACAUUGCCAACGGAGGUCCUGCUCCUGAAGCCAUCACUGAUAAAAUUUUCCAGAUCAGCAAGAAAAUUGAGGAAUAUGCAAUCUGCCCAGACCUGCAGGUGGAUUUGGGCACCAUUGGGAAGCAGCAGUUUGACUUGGAGAAUAAAUUUAAGCCAUUUACAGUGGAAAUUGUGGACUCUGUGGAAGCCUAUGCCAACAUGCUGAGGAAUAUCUUUGACUUCAAUGCCUUGAAGGAGCUGCUGUCAGGGAAGAACCAGCUGAAGAUUCGCAUCGAUGCCAUGCACGGGGUUGUGGGCCCUUAUGUGAAGAAGAUCCUGUGUGAGGAGCUGGGAGCCCCAGCAAAUUCAGCUGUGAACUGCACCCCCCUGGAGGAUUUUGGGGGCCACCACCCUGACCCCAACCUGACCUAUGCUGCUGACCUGGUGCAGACCAUGAAGACAGGAGAGUAUGACUUUGGAGCUGCCUUUGAUGGAGAUGGGGACCGUAACAUGAUUUUGGGCAAGCACGGGUUCUUUGUGAACCCCUCGGACUCGGUGGCCGUCAUCGCCGCCAACAUCCUCAGCAUCCCGUACUUCCAGCAGACCGGGGUGCGCGGCUUCGCCCGCAGCAUGCCCACCAGCGGGGCCCUGGACAGGUAGGGGCCCUGGG